CCGGAUUUUUGUCCUACCUGUUUCUGUGCCGGUGGCGAUGGCGGCUCCGUGUCCUGUCAGUUCAGAGGCGCCUUUCGAUCCGUCCCAGGCUCCAGUCAUCGAGGGCUUCAGUCCCACGGUCUACAGCAACCCAGAGAGCUUCAAGGAGAAAUUUAUUCGCAAGACCCGUGAGAACCCAAUGGUCCCCAUAGGCUGUCUGGGUACGGCGGCUGCCCUCUCCUAUGGCCUUUACUGCUUCCACCGCGGCCAGAGCCACCGCUCCCAGAUAAUGAUGCGCACCCGGAUCGCUGCCCAGGGUUUCACGGUCGUAGCCAUCUUGUUGGGAUUAGCGGCAUCUGUUAUGAAGUCUCGACCCUGA